AUGCCUGGCCUACCGGCAAGCAUCGAUCUCGACGAAUGCAUCUCUCAACUCUAUAAAAAAAAUCUCCUGGCCGAAUCCCUCAUCGAAGCAAUAUGUGCAAAGGCAAAAGAGUUGUUGAUGAAGGAGAGCAAUGUCGUCCACAUAUCUGCGCCUGUGACGGUUGUUGGGGACAUCCAUGGGCAGUUCUUUGACAUGCUGGAGAUUUUCAAAAUUGGAGGCUUCUGUCCCAACACCAAUUACCUAUUUCUCGGCGACUACGUCGACCGUGGCCUUUUCAGCGUCGAAACCAUUUCCCUACUUGUUUGUCUAAAGUUACGAUACCCCCAGCGCGUUCACCUUAUUCGCGGUAAUCAUGAAUCACGCGGCGUCACGCAGUCUUAUGGAUUCUACACCGAGUGCGCUCGAAAAUAUGGCAAUGCCAAUGUUUGGCAUUAUUUCACCGACAUGUUCGAUUUCCUCACCUUAAGCGUGGUUAUCAACAACCAGAUAUUUUGCGUCCACGGCGGCCUUUCCCCUUCCAUUCAUUCAAUCGACCAGAUCAAGAUCAUUGAUAGAUAUCGGGAAAUCCCACACGAAGGACCUAUGGCCGAUUUAGUAUGGUCCGACCCAGAUCCUGAACGCGAUGAAUUUUCACUCUCCCCACGAGGCGCCGGCUACACCUUCGGAGGCGAUGUGGUAAAGAAAUUUCUGCAAGUCAACAGCAUGUCUCAUAUCCUUCGGGCCCAUCAGCUCUGUCAAGAAGGAUACCAGAUCUUGUACGAUGAUCGCUUGAGCACCGUAUGGAGUGCUCCGAAUUAUUGCUAUCGAUGUGGAAAUUUGGCCAGCGUCCUUGAAGUCAGCGAUGCCGGUGAUCGCUUCUUUAAUAUCUUCGACGCUGCACCGGAGAACGACAUCCAUAGGAAUGAACAACAACAACAGCAACAACAACAAAAUCAACCGAAAGACGGUCAAGGAUCUCACAUUGAAUAUUUUCUCUAG